UAUUGUAUUCUAAAACGGUGCGUGGUUCAAUAACCCACAGACGGCAAACGAGUAAAAUUAGCAUUUGAACAUUUUUAUCGCUGUUAUUCAGUAUUUAGAUAAAAUUAUCUUAAUAAUAUCUGUUUUAUUACUGUACUUUGUAUACCGAUAAGUUUUCCUUGAUAGUUGUAGAUUCAUUCGCGAUUCAGACGAGAAUAGAGUCACAUCUGUCACGAUGAGUGUUACCGAGCAAAGUGUUUUACCGCCUAACUAUAAUUACGGGAAGUUAGUGUUCGAACGAGUGCGACGGUAUAAGGAUCGUAUUUUCCAGAUCGAUGCAGUGACAGGUGAAGAAGAGAGCUACGGAUCAGUAUUGAAUCGCUCCAUCAGAUUAGCGCAAGCGCUGAGAGCGUUUGGUCUGAGCCCGGGAGAUGUCGUCGCUAUAAGCGGUCCUAACCAUUUGGAUAUUCACAUACCGUUUCAUGCAUCUCUAUAUAAUGGUUUCCCGAUUGUUGGCGUCGAUCCCUAUUUUAAAUAUGACGAAGUGCGUACUCUUUUUAACUUAACGAAACCAAAAAUAGUAUUUUGCCAAAAUGAAUCCUACGAUACUUUUGCGAAAGCAGCAGCGAGUCUCAAUUUGGAUGUUAAAUUAGUGACUUUCGACGAAGGAGAUCAUCAUAUGUCAAAAUUUUUACAAAUGUAUGAGUCGUCGGAACCGAAAGAAGAUUUCAAAGUGGCAGAGUACGACAUAGAAAAAAUAUGUCCCUAUCUUAUAUGUACUAGUGGUACUUCGGGAAAGUUAAAGAUUGCAGCCCUGAAAAAUAAAUCCAUGCUGCUAAAAGACGAACUGGUGACUAAAAACCAAGAUGAUUCAAUCAUCAUAAGGUUAUUGCUCCUGUCACCAAAUCAUUGGAUAUCAUUCUACUUUGCUUCGACUACCUCGGCGGCUACGGGAGGGACAUUAAUACUAACAUCCAAAUUUGAUAAUUACAUCUAUAACGUGGACCACGUUAUAGAUAUAAUUAAUAAAUACAGACCACACUCAGCACUUUUCAACCCUGCACUUAUAGCAUCUUUGAAAGCUCGGAAGGAAGACGUCGAUAUGACCUCCUUUCAAAUGAUCACUAUUACAGGGGCUAAGCUUUUUGAAGAUGUACGUCAAGAAUUCAAGAAACUUCUUGCCAAAGAUUGUCUGCUUGUGGAGUUGUAUGGUCAAACAGAAAUGAUUGGUCACGUUUUGGGUCCAAGUCCAUUGAGUUCCCAAGGCAGUUGUGGAGUGCCGAUGGAUAUGUUCGAUGUAAAGUUGGUCGAUCCAGACACUGGUGUGGAGAUAACGGAAGCAAACGUGACGGGUGAAAUUUAUGUGAAAGGGCCUGGUUUUUCGGGAUACUACAACGAUCCGGAGGAAACAGCAAACUGUUUCACGGAAGAUGGUUUUUAUAAAACAGGAGACCUGUUAUACCGAGACAAGGACAAUAAUUACUUCUAUGUCGAUCGUAUCAAGACACUGAUAAAGUAUCGAGGCAUACACAUAUAUCCCAUAGAAAUAGAAGAAGUAAUACGCGAACACCCAGCAGUAGCCGAAGUGUGUGUAGUCGGCAUAGACGCGCCUGUUGUUGGCGAAGUGCCAGCGGCUUGUGUUGUGAGACGCAAAGGCUAUGACGUCACUGCACAGGAGAUAAAGGAUCUAGUAGCAAGUAAGCUAUCGGAAAACAAGAAGCUCCGAGGAGGUGUACUGUUUCUCGACUGUUUACCCUAUACGUCAUCGGGAAAAAUUCGUAGAAUUAAACUUAGAGAAAUAGCUAUGCAGGCCAACAGAGAAUAAUAAUUA